AUGAUUAAUCCAAGUGCAUUUAUAUUGUGUUUAAUGACAUCUAUUAUUUGUUCAUUGACAUGUUUAUUUUCAUGUUUUAUAUUAAUUUGUGUCAUUCAUCAUCUUUAUCAUAAUCGUUUACAACAAGAAGAUCGAAUAAUAAAUAUUCAUUGUAUUAAUAUUUAUUCAUUAGUUUCAAUCUAUAUUGGAAUAUUAGCAUUACUUAAUAUCCAGACAGUUUUAGGAAUUCAAUAUGGAUAUAAUUUUAAUUUAUCAUCGUGUAUAUUUUUAGGAUAUCUAACUUCUAUUCUAAUCAGUAGCAUAUAUUGGGCUUUUGUAAAUCAGGCAUUCUUUCGACUUUGUCGAGUUGUAUAUCCAAGUAUACGAUGGCUUCAAUCAUAUCAAUUAUAUAUCAUUUUACCAUUCAUAGAACUAAUUUUCAGUUGUAUUUUAAUAAGUCCAAUUCUUUUUCUACAUGAUAUUGUUUAUCUUCCACAAGACAAUUAUUGUUUUGUAUCAUUUACUAAUGUGUUUAGUUUGCUUUGGCUUGCAUUUAAUGGUUAUGGAAAUCAGAUUGGAGUAUUAUUAUUUGUCUAUAUACGUAUUACAAUUUUUCUUCGUCAUCAAUCAAAUACUCAAUCACUUAUUGUUAAACACCGACAAGAACGUGAUUUACUUGUUAUUCGACGUAUUCUGAUAACUGUUGGUUUAUUAAUAAGUCUUGGAAUACCUGCUAUGGUUUUUAUAGUGAUGUCGUUUAUUACACAUGAAGAUUAUCCUCUAACCUAUCCUUUCGUAUUCUUUUUUAUUAGUAUAUCAAUGAUAGGCGUAUGUUUAUCAACAAUUAUUUUUACACCACAAUUAAAAACGAUUGUUGUUAAAAUAAUUCAACAUAAUCGCGUUAUACCUCUAAAUGAUAGCUUCAUAGGUUCGAUUCCAAUGAGACAAUAA